AUGAGCUGGCGCGAGAACAAUAAAACAUACCAAAUCCUGACCGCGGCCGAGAAGGGCGGUUAUGGUGUCCUGGCGGCCAUUGUGUAUAAUGUUGAACACAUCACUGCCAUGGUCAACGCUGCUGAGCAGCGUCGGUCACCUUUAAUUAUCCAGCUAUUCCCGUCGUCCCUUAAGCAAACCCCUUCGCUUGUCUUCGCUGCUGCAGCUGCGGCUAGGACGGCCUCUGUUCCGAUCUCGAUCCAUUUGGACCACGCACAAGAUUAUGAGCAAAUUAAAUAUGUUGCUGAUAAUCUUCCCUUCGACUCGAUAAUGGUGGAUAUGAGUCACUAUGAAAAAGAGGAGAAUCUGGAGAAGACCAGCAUCUUGCGCGAGUAUUGUCAUGAUCGUGGGAUUUCAGUGGAGGCGGAAACCGGUCGCAUCGAAGGAGGAGAGGAUGGAAUUAUGGACACUGGUGACCUUGCGGCAAUUCUCACAAAUCCGGAGGAUGUGGAGGAGUUCAUCACUGCUGGCGUGGACUUUCUUGCUCCGAGCGUGGGAAAUAUUCAUGGUGAUUAUGGUCCCAAGGGGCCGGAACUGGAUAUGCAACGACUACAGGGCAUUUUCAAAUCAAUGAAUGGUCGUGUUCGCCUGGUCCUUCACGGCACCAACGACUUCUCACCAGAGUUGACUCGAGCAUGCAUUCAGGCAGGUGUGACAAAAGUCAAUGUCAACAAGCUUGUUCUCGACCCUUGGCAUGAUAAUCUCCACGCCAAUGCCACACGGCCAUUGACUGAGUUGAUGGAUACAGGGAUUGAAAUCUUGACUGCGGAGAUGGAACGAUGGAUGGAUAUCGUGGGUAGCAGUGGUAAAGCAUCAUGA